AUGAAGGGUAACAUGGUCAUCUUCCUCGCUCUCAUUGGCAGCAUCAUUGCCGCCGGCAUUACCUGCGCGCCUGGGUACGUGCCUGCCGUGGCCGCUGCCGCUACUUCGUCUUCGGCGACCGCCCGCCGCCCCUGCCCAACCCGAGCCGCCGAAAGCGCGCUCUACAGCAGAGAGACGAGAAGACAGCGCUCGAAGACAGCGUCUCCAUGA